AUGUCCCUCCUACUAUUCUUUCUUUCCCUAGUCCUCGCCCAACUGCCCCCAGUCUCUUUCUAUAACAUCACAAUCCCCAGCGCCCCAUCCCCAAAUCUUAGUCUCGCAACCUUCACCACCCCUCGACCCUCCUUCCACCCCAUCAACACCACCGUCUUCGACUGGUGGUACUUUGACGCCGUCUCCUCUUCGAAUCCGAACGUCUCUGUUGUGAUCACCCUCUUCACCAGCACACCUACCGCAUUCCCGUUCCUCCCAAGCAAUAGCAACAGCAAUAGCAGUACCGACUCCGUCCUCCUGUCCUACAUCUGGGUUUCUUUUCCAAAUGGGACGAGCUACGCCACCUACGCGGAUGCAUACACUGCGACGGUCGAUGCAGACUGUGGUGUUACCCGAGGAAUAUGGCACGGGAGCGGUGUUUCCUUCACUGGAUCCGAGAGCGGGGAGUAUCUUGUUACUAUUGACGGAGGGGUAGGCGUAGGAGUAUCGAACCCGCAUACACCCUGCGGUGACGACCGGUUGCGUCUGGGUGGUGGUACUGGUUCUACAGGUGCAGUUGGAAUCGGAUGGGCGAGUCUCCUCCCCGAUGCGGAGGCGAGCGUUGAUGUUUUGGUUGGUGGGGAGAGAGUACGAUUUACCGGGGUUGGGUAUCAUGAUAAAGAUGUGGAUAGAGCAAAGAACUGGUCAGAUGGACCAUUUGAGGCGGCGGUGCGGACGUGGUACUGGGGAAGGGGCCGGGUAGGCGCGUACUCUGUCGUCUGGUUUGAUAUGCUUCCUCUUGGGAACGAUACAGAGGUGGUGAGUGGUUGUGAGGAGCGGGUUGUGUCUGUGCGGCCAUGGAAGAAUGGGAUGGUGGCAGCUGCUUAUCCGCCUGUCCUUGGGGAUGUGCCGGAUGGGUUCAGGGUUCUUUAUAGCAUUGGGAUUGAGUAUUAUGCGCGGUGGACGGGGACGAUGACGGCCAACGUAGCCGGGGAGGUCUACGAGGGGGUGGGCAUAUUCGAGCAGUUUGUUAUGCAGUAAAUCAAAAACUAUCAACAGAAAGACAAAAGCUAAGAAAGAUAGGGUAUAUGGAUAUAUAUAUCAGUUACUGACGGGCAGCCAUCCACUCCUCCACCAACCCCCGAUAAUCCUCCAUCCCAUACGGACUCAACACCUUCCCUAAGAUACCCUCCUUGCGCACACUCCUCACCCCCAAAUCAUUCAACAGCAAAUCCACAUACGGAAUCGCAUCAAACACAAAAUCCGGGUUCCGCUUCCCAAAGCCCCCGGGAUACCGCCACUUGCCAAACUG